AUGUGGUCGUUGUUUGCGUUAGCUCUUGUCCGUGUUGGCGCAAUGCGGGAGGAUCUCAAUGUUGUGUUGCCACACCCCGAGAUCAUGAAGAAUGUGACUGUUGGAGCCAGUGUGCUUGAGAGUCGCAGUGAGGAAGAAGAAGGUGUAGAUGCUCCAAAUGCUAAAGCAGAAGCGCACAAAGCCCUGAUUCGCGAAUGCAUCCUAGAGAAGGCCGUUGGUUUCGGACAGAUCUACAAACGCUUUGGUGGAAGUUGGAACGACGAGUUGCAGACGAAGCUUCUGGAAGAUGUCGUGGCGUUGGAGGAGUUCGAGGAUGCCCAAACAAAUCACUGGGAAAGCCUUAACAGGAAGCAAAAGAUCUAUCGGUCCAUCCGCAAGAGCGAGGUCCAGAAGAAGUUUGCCACGGAUUUGGAGCAGAUCCGUAGUAAGCUAGCCGCAAUGGGCUUCAUUUACCAAGCAGCGAGCGAGCGGUGCAAAGACCGCGAGGAUGAAGACACCUAUGCGUGUUUGAUGGCAAAUGUUACCAGUGGGCUGAAAGAUGCUGUCCAGCAGAAGUUGGAUGCUGAGGACAUGCUGGUGCAUGACAGCCGGGGCCGCAUGUCGAAACUGGUGUCCAAAGCAUCGCCUAUCUUCAAAGCCGCCAAGAAAGCACUGCAGGAGUCUGAUGCGCAAUUGAAGAAGGAGGGGAUCAAAUGGAGCAAGUUAAAGAAGAGUUGCAAAAAGGAGACAGAGGAGACGACUGAUCAGUUUUUCAAGUUCAUUCGAACGCAGAUGCGGGUCACCAAGUCUUCGCUGAUGAAGUGUGAGGAGGAUGAGAGCAAAGGCUACUGCCCCGAAGGUACUGCACCCCAGAGUGGCCGCGAAAUCGAUCUUCAGGAAGGCACCAAGUGGUUCGCCAUCGGCUACUUUGGCAGCUGGGGAGGAGGGACACUACUCUACGGCCUGGUGGGGGCCAUCGCGAUGGGCGUUGUAGGAGGCCCGGCGGGCAUGAUUGCAGGAUUCAGUCUCGGAGUGGGACUUGCACAGAUGACCAUCCCAUCCUCUUCGAUCGGUUCGGCCAUGUUCGCUUGGAAUGCUAUCGGUCCAAAGGAAUGUGCAUGUUUCCCUCGUGAGUGCAACAAGGUAGAGAGUGGACGUUGCGUCAUGUCCUCUGCAGCAAAGGCGCCCAGCAAGAACCCUUUCGGUCGAGCUCUCCCAUAUCUUUCCAUGAAAUGUGGCAAAAUAAAAGGAGAGUGCUCAUUGCAGGCUUGUGAACCGAGUGAUUUCAAAACCGAGCCUUUGCCAAACAAAAUGUUUGGAAAGGUGGGUGAAUUUGGGGAUGGGGUGUACAAUUGCUUGGCAACGGAGCCGAGGCCCGGCAAAGCUUUGGCCAUCCAAACCACAUUGCCUGAUGGCCAGGAGAACACAGCUAUUACUCGGAAGGCUGUGUUUGAGUCAUUGGGAAUUCAGCCCAAGGCAGAUCCAAAAGAAGAUCCAAAGGCCAAAUGA